AUGCAAAAACAGGAUAAAUUGGCGGGCAGAGACUUCAGUUUCUGGAAGUGGUUCGUUGCAUGCCUCCACCUCAUCCACGAACACAUCAAACCAGAGUGGCAGAAAGGUUUGGUGUGCGGUUUCAUAUCGCGGGAGGAGAGCGAAAAGAAAUUACUAAAAGAGAAGCCAGGAACAUUUCUGCUGAGGUUCAGCGAGUCGUCCAUGGAGAACAGUCAGAAGUCUGGCGUCUGCGGGGAUCUGGCCAUGGUCCUCGUUGAAGUCGACCCUGCUGACAACAAAAAGAAGAUAUUUCACCUAAAGAAGUACCUUCAGGCAAGUUACUUGGAGUCACAAAAGGCAUUGAACAGACGACUGUCAGAUGUUCUGAAGAUGUUCAAGGUUGCUGAUCCAUCAGAUCCUGAUAAGAAGAGGACUUUGCUGAGGUGGUCCCUGUCUUGCGUCUAG